AUGACUUCUCCAUACGGGGCUGUGCAGUACCAUCCUGAACGCACUUUUCAAAGAUUGCGGGACCCAUCAUCGUGCCUGGCGUGGGCAGAGAGUUCUUUCCUGACCACCAUGUCUCAGACACAAUCCUCACAGGGCACAGACAUCCUCAGCCAAGACGUCUUCAGCCAACUCCUCGAUAUGUUAGAUCAGUCAGCCAUCCACUCAGUGCAGCCCAUUGAACUCAACUUCUCAGAGGGAGAAGUGGACGGCUCUCCCUCCAACACCAUCCAGAUUAGCAUGGAUUGCAUCACCAUGCGAGGGCCGGAGAACAGCUUCAGCCCACAGUACACAAACCUGGGGAUCCUCAACAGUAUGGAUCAGAACAUCCAAAAUGGCAGUUCAACUUCCACCAGCCCAUAUAACAAUGACCAUGCCCAGAACAAUGUCACGGCUCCAUCUCCAUACGCCCAGCCAAGUUCCACCUUUGAGGCCCUGUCACCCUCUCCAGCCAUCCCAUCCAACACAGACUACGCUGGGCCACACUCCUUUGACGUGUCCUUCCAGCAGUCCAGCACAGCCAAGUCGGCCACUUGGACAUACUCCACAGAGCUGAAGAAGUUGUAUUGUCAGAUUGCAAAGACUUGCCCCAUUCAGAUCAAAGUUCUGACCAACCCCCCACAAGGCGCGGUGAUCAGAGCCAUGCCCGUGUACAAGAAAGCCGAGCACGUGACCGAAGUGGUCAAGCGUUGCCCCAACCACGAACUCAGCCGAGAGUUCAACGACGGUCAGAUAGCUCCACCCAGCCACUUGAUUCGGGUUGAGGGCAACAGCCACGCCCAGUAUGUGGAGGACUCCAUAACAGGGCGCCAAAGCGUGCUGGUACCAUAUGAGCCCCCCCAGGUGGGCACUGAAUUUACAACCAUACUGUACAACUUCAUGUGCAACUCCAGUUGCGUGGGCGGCAUGAAUCGACGCCCUAUACUCAUCAUCGUCACCCUGGAGACGAGAGACGGUCAGGUUUUGGGCAGGCGGUGUUUUGAGGCGCGUAUCUGCGCUUGCCCUGGGCGUGAUCGUAAGGCGGAUGAGGACAGUAUCCGCAAGCAGCACGUCAGCGAUGGAACAAAGAGUAGUGAGGCUUUCCGUCAAGCCUCCCAUGGCAUCCAGUUGUCUUCCAUCAAGAAGAGAAGAUCCACUGAUGAGGAAGUUUUCUGUUUGCCUAUUAAAGGCCGUGAGAUUUAUGAGAUUUUGGUGAAAAUCAAAGAGUCACUGGAGCUGAUGCAGUUUCUCCCUCAGCAUACUAUUGAAUCAUACAGACAGCAGCAGCAAAGCCUUCUGCAGAAACAGAGCUCCAUGCCUCCUCAGCCAGCCUUUGGCUCCAGCUCCCCCACCCACGGCAAAGUGAACAAACUGCCCUCCGUCAGCCAGCUGAUGAACCCUCAGCAGAGAAACACGCUCACUCCAUCCAGCAUGCCUGGCGGCCUUACAGACAGUAACCCAAUGAUGGGCGGUCACAUUCCAAUGAACACGGACAUGAGCGCACUCAGUCCAACCCUCCAGCCUCAGUUACCCAUGGUGCCCUCCUCCCAUUGUACACCCCCGCCGCCCUACCCCAUGGACAGCAGCAUCUCCAGCUUCCUUCUCCGUAUUGGCUGCUCUGCCUGCCUGGAUUACUUCACAGCCCAAGGACUGACCAACAUCUACCAGAUUGAGAACUACAACCUGGAGGACUUGUCCAGGCUGAAGAUCCCUGCUGAGUUUCAGCAUGUUAUUUGGAAAGGAAUCAUGGAGCAUCGGCAGAGCAUGGAAUUCUCCCCUCCUCCCCAUAUCCUGCGCACAUCCGGCGGGGCUUCCACGGUUAGCGUGGGCUCCACGGAGGCGCGAGGUGAACGAGUCAUCGACGCUGUGCGUUUCACCCUCCGUCAGACCAUCUCUUUCCCGCCACGCGAUGACUGGACCGACUUCUCCUUUGACCUCGACUCUCGUCGCAACAAGCAACAGCGCAUUAAAGAGGAGGGAGAAUAA